AUGAAUAAACAGCUACUGUCGUGCUCUUUGAAGAGCGGAAAGCCAGUGACAAUGGUUGUUGCGUCAGUUGCCACAGAUGGAGUUGAUCAGCAGGUCGAAAUUUCGUAUUACGACCAAAAAGUGAUUGGAAACGGCUCGUUUGGUGUCGUUUUUCUCGCCAAAUUGUCAUCAAACAAUGAAAUGGUGGCUAUAAAGAAGGUGCUUCAGGAUAAACGAUUCAAAAAUCGAGAAUUGCAAAUUAUGCGAAAGCUCAAUCAUCCAAAUAUUGUGAAACUCAAAUAUUUCUUCUACUCAAGCGGUGAUAAAAAGGACGAGUUGUACUUGAACCUCAUACUGGAAUAUGUGCCAGAAACGGUUUACCGAGUGGCGAGACAUUAUUCAAAACAAAGACAACCGAUUCCAAUGAUUUACGUGAAAUUGUACAUGUAUCAGCUACUGAGAUCUCUUGCGUAUAUUCAUGGAAUCGGCAUCUGCCAUCGCGACAUUAAACCGCAAAACUUAUUAAUCGAUCCGGAGAGCGGUGUGCUGAAAUUGUGCGAUUUCGGCUCGGCAAAAUAUCUUGUCAAGAACGAACCCAAUGUGUCAUACAUUUGCUCACGCUACUAUCGCGCACCGGAGCUCAUUUUUGGCGCAACCAAUUACACCAAUUCGAUUGACGUGUGGUCGGCAGGAACCGUCAUGGCCGAAUUGUUGCUCGGCCAGCCGAUUUUCCCCGGUGAUUCUGGUGUCGAUCAACUCGUUGAAAUAAUUAAGGUGCUUGGCACGCCGACGCGAGAACAGAUACAAAGCAUGAAUCCAAACUAUAAGGAGUUCAAAUUCCCGCAAAUCAAGGCGCAUCCGUGGACGAAGGUGUUCCGCGUACAUACGCCACCGGAAGCCAUUGAUCUCAUCUCGAAGAUCAUUGAAUUCACGCCGACGUCGAGGCCAACACCACAAGCGGCUUGCUUACACCCAUUCUUUGAUGAGCUUCGAAAUCCGGAAACGAAACUGCCAUCAGGUCGGCCUCUGCCACCGCUCGAGACAGACUCGACUACGGUUGGCGGUGCCGGCGCGGGACCGACGACAUCGAGCGGAGCUGGCGGUGAAACGACGGCAGCUGGUGGUGGUUCGUCAGGCGAGACGGCGACGGCGGGAUCCGUCGAGAAGUAG